AUGAACGUCAGUGAGGUCAUCUCCAUCACCAAGCCUGUUGGACUUGACAAUGACAUAGAUUCAGAUGUUGAAAUGUCAGAUUCGGAAAACCAGGCUCAAGACUCGUUCAAGCAGUCUAUAGUAACACCUGGGGAGUUGGUGACGGACGAUCCCAUCUGGAUGAAAGGCCACGGGACGUAUUUCCUCGAGGAUAGGACAUUUUCGUCUGUGGCUGGGAAUAUUCUGAGAGUGAAUCGUUUGUUGAGUGUAAUACCGUUAAAAGGCAGGUAUCAGCCUGAGACCGGUGACCAUAUUGUAGGCAGAAUCACAGAGGUAGGCAACAAAAGAUGGAAGGUCGACAUUGGAACUAAGCAGGACGCUGUUUUGAUGUUGGGAUCUGUCAAUUUACCUGGAGGUGUAUUAAGAAGAAAAUCCGAGAGUGAUGAAUUGCAAAUGAGAAACUUCUUGAAGGAGGGAGACUUGUUGAACGCAGAGGUACAGACAAUUUUCAACAACGGCAUUGCGUCGUUACAUACGCGUUCAUUAAAGUACGGAAAAUUGAGAAACGGGAUGUUCUUGAAGGUACCAAGCAGUUUGGUAAUCAAGUCAAAGAAUCACUCGUAUGAUUUGCCAGGAAAUGUCAGUAUAGUAUUGGGAGUUAAUGGCUAUAUCUGGCUCUACAAGACAUCUACAGGCAUCAACAGCGCUACUAACACUAGUGUUACAUCUAAUACCAACAUGUUCCGGGCCUCUGUCGACACUACUGGUUCGUAUGCUAUCGGGCAGGGUUCGGUUUCUAUUACUAGAUUGGAAGAAGAAAGUUCGUGGGAAAUUUACUCAGACAAAAACGAUCCAAAUAUCUCCAACUCUGUACGUUCUAACAUUACUCGAUACAACAACGUCCUCCGGGCAAUGAGCUUCUGCGAGUUGGGGAUAACAGAACAGCGGAUUAUCAUGGGCUAUGAGGCUAGUUUGUCGUAUUCGAAUAUAGGCAGUUUGAUAGACAAGGAGUCGAUGGAGAGCAUUUGCCAGGAUAUCAUAAAUAACGAGAAGAUGAGAGGUUAG